CCCGGAUCACGCUACAGUAGCUUCCAACUUGUUCUUCUGCAGCAGCACGCCGUUGCCUGAUGCCUUGACUCACUCCGUCAUCACCAACAAUUCUAACACGCCACCUGUCUACCGCUGCGCCGUCUCCUGCUACUCCUACCUGCUCCGGCUGCAGAGACGAGCAACUACUUAUUAUUGCCUCGCUGCCCGCCCCGCCAAACCCGCAACCUGCUGCAAGCCCCAACCCCGCUGCGACGCUCGCUUCAACCUCAUGGCAUCCAACGGCUUACCAGCCAAGGCCGCCUCGCCUCCCGGUUCACCAGCACGCUCUGCCUCUGUGUCGCUCCAGGCAGCCGCCACCAUGAAUGCCGGUCUCCAGAGAGAGCCCUCUCCACGUAUGCUUUACCCGUCUGCAGUGCAGCAGCCACGGGUCACAUCCCAGUCCACCGCCGCAUGCUUUACUGACACUAGCUGUUUCUUUCUAGGCUCCUCCUCAGGCUCGCUUGCCCGCCAAAGUCUGUCGUCCCAGUCUGCCAAUAGACGACGCUCAAACGUUCUCCUCAACUUACAGCUCAACGACCCCUCGAUUCCUGGGCCCGGCGAAAUGGUCGCCGAUGGCGGUGCUCAGAGCAGGUUGAGCCCCGGCCUGCGAAGCAGAUCGCCCUCAAGCGUUGACCCCAGUCACCACCGAGCUCCCAGUUUGGGCGAACUGCAUCAAGAGCUAGAGGCUGAGCAAGAGAGUCAAGUGAAUCGCUUGCUUCAAGUAAUCCGACAGCAGCAGCUUGAGCUCCAGCGCAUUCAGGCGGCCCAAGGCGGCCCCUCUGCUGAUGAGACCAGCGCUGUGUCCGACAGAUCCAGCCAAGCUAUCCCUACGUCUCAAAGCGGCAUGUCUGCCGGUAUUCCCGUUGGCUCCUACUCUCGAUCACCCGUCUUUCAUCACCCACGCAGUUCCAUGGACCUGGCUAGAAGGUCAAGGACUCCCAGCCGUGGCGCCUCUCCCCGUCUCCGGGCUACUUCAAUCAGCCAAGAGAGCGGUGAAUGGGUGUUAGGGAUGCGUGAUGAGAGCGCUUUUUACCAGGCUGAGACGCAGAUGCUGGUGCGGGAAAACCAGAUGCUGAAGCAUCGCAUUCGAGAGCUCGAGAAACAAUUGGGUGACUCGAGUGUAACGACAACCUCGACAGAACCGGUGGUCCCCUCACAGCUGGCUCAGACAACAGCAGUUAGUGCGGAGGGUGCUCAAGCCUCCAAAUAAGCUCGUGAGCAUCCAAUGUUUCAGAUGAAAUCCUUAGGUGUAUGUUCGAAGAAAAUCUCUCCUUUCGGCGUUGUUGCUGUAUGACUUUGGUCUUGCUUUAUGGCGUUUCCGGACUUGCAAGCCGCACUUGAUCGGCACAUUCAACGAAUCAGUAUACAUUCAUAAUAGACCCUUUUCUUUAUUUCUUUCAUGUCCCAUACAUUACAAUUUCCAUCAUCGUCUCAUACGUCUAUUUAUUCAUAUUUUAUACGAGCGUCUCUGUACAAGACUCGUCAUUAUGGUGUAUGAGACGGCGUGCUCCGCCUGCGACAUCGGAGGGAAAACGCAGUUGGUUUUAAUGGUUUCUUCUCCAAUAUUAACUAUCCGUAAAUUCAUCGCAUCAAGUAACUACG